CGUCCCCCUCGCCCGGCGGCCCGGGAGGGCAGCGCUGCCCCGCCGCCCUGGGGGUUUAAGAAGUCUAAAGCUUCACUAGAACUGUAACUAGAAUGGACAGUUACUUUAAAGCUGCAGUCUGUGAUUUGGACAAACUACUUGAUGAAUUUGAACAGAAUACAGAUGAAUAUGACUGCUACAGAACACCUCAAAAUCCAUACGACUCAAAACACCAUUCGCUUUCUUCAGUUCUGGAUUGCUUACAACAUGUAUACCCAACACCAAAGCUGCAAGAGGAUGCUAACAACUGUACUUCAUCAGAAGAAGUCUCUCUAGCUAGCCACAUUGGAACAAGUGAAGCGCUUCUGAGUUAUUCACCACAAAAUGAGAAGAGUGUUGCUGGACCUGAUCUUUUGUCCAGUGUGGACAGUGGUUCCCUAAACGAAAUUCAGGCUUCAAACCUGGGAAGGUGUAGUAUACCUGUGUGUGAUCUUGUUAAUGACACAGGUAACUUAAUCCAUUCGGUGGUUGCUCAUGAAGAUCCUCAAAAGUUGCAGCCAGAUGACUUCCAGUACAGUGAAGGUUUGGUUGGCUUUGGCAUAUCUUGCAUACCUGUUCCUACUUGUGUGUCGUCAGCUGGUUGCAGUGGUGUUUCAAGUACAGAGCAGAGGGGUGGGGGCUCAAUGCUGCAAGAUUCAGGACAUCUUAAAACAGAGGAGAUUAAUCAUUUAGCUUUAAAAUCAGCCAGUUAUGCUACAGCAAAGAUCUCAGAUCCAUGUGAUGAUAAACACAGGACAGAAUCUGUAAAGUGCAGCGAAGUAUUUGAUCAGCUUGAACAAACUGCUCGCCUUGAUACUGCAUGUGUCCCUGUAACAUCACAGAAUUUAAAUGUGUGCAGUCCCAAAGAUGAGAAAGUAUAUGAAAAAUUGCGUUGUGAACAACAAGAUGAAAGUGCAUGCUCUGCAGUAAGCAAAGAGAUGUAUGGAGGAAAUGCCAUAGAAAAGGUAGACUCAAAAGGUGAGAGUAAUGUUGAAUCCAUACCUUCAGAUCUGCUAAAGAGGACUCAGUUGCACAAAAGCCAUGCAGCGUUACCUGGAAAUUGUGUUUUACCAGGCUCCUCAUGUCAAACAGGAGCUAAAAUAGAAUUGGAAAAGAAAAUCACAGAAGAGAACGUAGGUAGUGAAGAACUUAACAACAGUGAAAUACUAAACAAUGUUUCAACUUCAUGUAUUUCAGUUGAGGAUGUCCAGACCUCGCUGUCAUGUCUUCCACUUCCUGUAUCUAUAUGUGGUUCAUUAGUUGUAAUGGAAGAAAAAGUUAAUCUUCUACCUCAAAAUGAAAUGGCGGAGGUUAUUAGUGAUAUUUUAACUGUUCAUGCUGGAAAGUCUAAAACUGAUCUCUCUGGUAGGGAAUCCUGUGAAAACACUGACUUGCGUGAACAGGAAGGAUAUAUAACUACAAUCAACAAAAGUAUUGUGGAAGAGAGUACAGAUGGAGAGAAGUGUGAUACUGAGAAUGUAAUCGAUGACAGUGAUUCUCAGCAAAUGAAAGCUUUUGCUUCUGCUUUUCUAGAAUACGAAGCUGAGCCAUAUGGUGUUGGUAUAGACUCUUAUUACAAUGAAAAUAUGAGCCCAGUUAUGGCUGACUUUACUGUUGAGGAGAAUGUUAUUAAAAGUGAUACUCUAAUAAGCGAUGCUGAGCUUGAUGAUUUCUUGUAUGGACAAAGUCUUCAGUCCAGUGUGUUGAAGUCUUCAGACAAUGAUAGUAACUUAAUGGAAGCUGAUGCAGAUGAAGGGAAUUUAACAAAUUUAAACAGCCUGGAUUUCACAGACGUCACUGAAGAAGAUAUGCAAGCAAAACUGGAGGAGAUAACAAGCAUUAAUAGUAAUCUUCAAGUAUCUCUUACUGCCAAUGAAUUGGAAUCUGCAACAGAAGAGAAUAUGUCUCAUAUUCAGGACAUGACUGAGAGUGGUAGUGAAGCACUAGUUUCUAAUGUUUGUACUGAAGGCGCAAGACCAAAGCGGUUGCUUGGCCUUUCCCAAGGAGCUGUUGGUCAGAGACAACUGAAUAGAACAGAUGUACUUGAGAGAGAAAACCAGGAAGCCAGUUCUGUUACCCCAGAAGCUACCCUCUCAGGCACCAGUGUAAAUGUUGGUAAAAAUUCUGACCCUGCAUGCUCUGGGGAAAGCAGCUCUGAAGCUGGAGGAAAUCAAACAUCUGAAAACGUAGAAUCACUUAAAAUACCUGCAGCUCUUUCACGGAAACAACCGUUGUGGGUUCCUGAUUCAGAGGCACCCAACUGCAUGAACUGCCAAGUCAAGUUCACGUUUACAAAAAGACGACACCACUGUCGUGCAUGCGGAAAGGUUUUUUGUGGUGGCUGUUGCAAACGAAAAAGCAAACUACAAUACAUGGAGAAGGAAGCAAGAGUCUGUACUGGCUGUUAUGAUGAUAUUAAUAAAGCACAGGCAUUUGAAAGGAUGAUGAGUCCAACUGGUCCUGUCCCCAAUUCCAGCAUCUCUCAGCAUUCUUCUGCUGUUCCACCUUCGGAGGAACUCCAGAUAUCUGGUAGUGCUAGCUGUCCUUCACCUUCUGCAUUGUUACCUAUCUCAGUACUUAAACAACCUGGUAUUGAAGGGCUGUGCCCCAAAGAACAGAGGAGAGUUUGGUUUGCAGACGGUAUUUUACCAAAUGGCGAAGUGGCAGAUACAACAAAACUUUCAUCUGGAGCAAAGAGGUCAUCACAGGACUUAAGUCCAGUAAACCCCGACUUCCCAGAGAUGCAUACGGCUGCAAACCCAGAGGAAGAUGACAUAUUAACUGAUGUAAAUCCAAAACCUAAGGAAGAAAUUGGUAUUAUUACAAGAAUGGAGGAAUUAUGUCCUUCUGUUUCUUCAGAUGAUGCACAGCAGGCCAUUCCAGGCCAGACUGAGCUGGUACAUAGUUAUAAAUCUUUAACGCUAGAAACGAAAGAGUGUUCUCCUACUGCAGAAGCUGAGAAGACUAGUUCCAGUUCAGUUGAUCAGACAAGUGAUAUGCCUGUUAGUCCUUCAAGUUACAGAGCGCUGUGUGGUGUUGAAAACUGUGUUCGUAAAGAGAUCAACCUUGUUCCUGACGGUGAUGAACUGCCACCACUUUUGCUUGCAGUGGGUGAAAAAGGAAAAGAUCCUCUAGUGGAAGAACAUCCAUCUCACCAACAGGUCACCUUGCUUCUUGUGGAAGGAGGUCCUAAUCCAUUAACUUUUAUCCUAAAUGCGAACUUGCUUGUGAAUGUCAAGCUAAUAACUUAUUCUUCAGAAAAGUGCUGGUACUUCUCAACAAAUGGACUACAUGGUUUGGGUCAGGCAGAAAUCAUAAUUCUCUUGCAGUGUUUGCCAGAUGAAGAGAUUUUUCCUAGUGAAAUACUCAAAUUAUUUAUUGACAUCUAUAAGGAUGCAAUGAAAGGAAGGUUAAUAAGAAACAUGGAAAACAUUACUUUUACGGAAAACUUUCUCAGUAACAAAGAGCAUGGAGGAUUCCUGUUUGUUUCACCAACUUUUCAGAAACUUGAUGAUCAAAUUCUACCCGAUAACCCUUUUCUCUGUGGCAUUCUCAUCCAUAAGCUGGAAAUACCCUGGGCAAAAGUUUUUCCAAUCCGUUUAAUGUUGAGAUUGGGAGCAGAAUAUGGGGCAUAUCCAACUCCUGUAGUAAGUUUCAGGCACCGGAAGCCCCUCUUUGGAGAGAUAGGACACACAAUUAUGAAUCUACUUGUUGACCUUAGAAAUUAUCAGUAUACUUUGCAUACCAUAGACAACCUGUUUGUUCACGUGGAAAUGGGUAGAAGCUGUAUUAAAAUACCCCUAAGGAAGUAUAAUGAGGUGAUGAAGGUGAUAAAUUCUUCUAACGAACAUGUAAUUAGUAUUGGAGCCAGUUUUAAUACUGAAGCAGAUUCUCACUUAGUGUGUGUGCAGAAUAAGCAUGGCCUCUAUCACACACAAGCAGUCAGUGCUACUGGAUAUCCUAGGAAAGUUACAGGUGCAAGUUUUGUGGUGUUUAAUGGAGCCUUAAAAACAUCUUCAGGAUUUUUAGCUAAAUCCAGUAUAGUUGAAGAUGGACUAAUGGUACAAAUAACACCAGAAACGAUGGAAAGCCUACGUCAGGCGUUAAGAGACAAGAAGGACUUUAAAAUAACUUGUGGCAAAACGGAUACAGGAGACAUAAAAGAAUAUGUAGAUAUUUGCUGGGUAGAAAAUGAAGAAAAAACAAACAAAGGAGUUUUAAGCCCAGUCGAUGGAAAAUCAAUGGAAGGAACUCAGAGUGAAAAAGUACCACAAGGCAAAGACUUCGAAAGAGAGGGAAAAGUUAUCAAGUGUACCGAAGUAUACUAUUUUCUAAAGGACCAUGACCUCUCCAGUCCUCUUCCUCACCAGUUUGCUAAAGAGAUUGCUGUUGCCUGCAGUACUGCUCUUUGCCCGCACCUUAAAACGUUGAAAAAUAAUGGGAUGAGUAAAAUAGGCCUAAGAGUUUCUAUUGACUCAGAUAUGGUUGAGUACUUAGCUGGAUCUGGAGGUCACCUUCUUCCACAGAACUAUCUGAAUGAAUUGGACAGUGCUCUGAUUCCUGUGAUUCAUGGUGGAAUGUCAGAUCCUACAAGUCUACCAUUGAAAAUUGAAUUAAUAUUUUUCAUUAUAGAACAUCUGUUUUGAUGAAGCUGAUUACAGGCAAUAUACUGAUUUGCUAGAUCUGAACACCAAAGUUACAAUGCUACAAACACUAAAAAUGUUGAAGUUUUAAACCUGUUAUGUUUUAAGAGAUUUUCAGACUUUUUAAAAACUCAAAUAUUCUGUUUACUUCACCACAAAAGAAUUGUAGUUUGUAAUGUUUCCUAAAGUUCUGAAAGUUUACACUUAAUACAGGUGCAGAAGAGGACAGGUUUUGUUACCUCUUUACACAGUUGUAGCAUUUACUAUAUGUAGUGUAACUUUAAGCCAUACUGUCUUGCCUCUUAACCUCAGACAAAUGUGUUACUAAAAAUUGCUAUGGUUAGAUCUAAUCUCUGCAGCAUGUGCUUUCCACGUGCAAAUGAGCUAAACACUGAAGUAGAAGCUGGCACAAAACUUUUCUUGCCAUUUGAGAUUCAAAUAUGAGAUCUUCUGUAGCUGACUGCAAACUUCAUGUGUCAGUACAAAAUACAAGUGCACACCUUCUGACACUUGUUUAUGGUCAGCAUGAGGAAGAAUUUUGCAGGUAUGUUUAUGAAGACUUUGUAGUUGAAGUCCUUAACAUUAGGAUGUUAUGCUGGUGCUUCAGGAACAUAUGCUCUGAAUUAAUUUUUUUAUAGAAUAACUGAUUUCUUUCUUGUAUUUAUAAGGAUUUAUCUAACUUAAAUGGAUGCUAUUUUUAUAAAUACUAUUUUUUCUUUACUCUGUGUUCAGAAAUCCUGAUACAAUUUGACCUUUCAAGGAUUAAUAAAAAACAGAUUAUCCUUGACGUAAUCUACAUGUAGCAGUAAGUCAGACAAGAAUUCUGCAAUAUCUUUUCUGCUCCUGUCUACUAUUUUUGCCACCUCUUAGUAGCCACCUUUACUUUCAGGGAGAAUAGAUGUAUUAAGUGUGAAUUUUCAUGAACAGAUUGAUUUUUACUAUACCUGAGGUUCUUGUAUAGUACGUAUUUUUGAUAUUGGGUCAUGAAGAUCUAUUUAUGUAUUUGAUGCAUGUGAUCUGUACUGAGGUGCAGCAAACCAUAAUUGGCGUUUGAUAACUGUCACACAACUGUUUAUCAAGAACAGAACCAAAACUAAAUAUAUACAAGAUCUAUAUUGUUUUCAGUAAAAAUGCUGGUACAAUUUUAUAAUGAGACUAUUAAAACUUUGAUGCCUUCUUGAUGCUAAUAGGGGAUAUUUUAUGUUUUUGUAUCAAAAACAAUUUGUAACUUAACCUAAUCUGCUCUGCUGUUACCGAUGCUUCAAAAUACCGGUUCUAGAAGGGUUCAGGCUUCAAGAUCUUACCCUUGGAGGAAACUGAGGCUGCAUUUGAGCUAAUUAAUGUAACUUCUUCAGAGAAACUGCCGCUCUGGAGAAGAGCCGAAGACCACACCACACGCAAUAUGAACAAAACAUGUCCUUGCUUGAAAAGAAGCUGCAGCUGAACAGUCGAGGAAACAACAGUGAAAGGCUGAACAGUAGUUAAGGGCUGUGACUGGGUCGGAGGUGGCUGUUGCCCCUGGUAGCCCGUACCCCAUGGGUAAAGCGGUGUUGCCCAUCUCCCUUCAUAGAGGUAACCAAAGGAACAGCUGACUCUUGCCACUUACCCUGUACUCUAACUCAAGUAAUGAUCAAUAAAGUUAGUU